UUUUUGGCUUUUUGAGACAGGGUUUCUCUGUAUAGCUUUGAUUGUCCUGGACUAUAUAGUCCAGGCUGGCCUUGAUCUAACUGCCUUCACUUCCAGAACAGCCGGAUUAAAGGUGGAGCCUCCACUGCCUGGCUCAUAUUUAUUUUUAACGAAGCCACUACAAAAUUGUGAGUAGCUUAUACCUUUACCCGACGGCAGUAGCCCAGGCAACCACACUCAAAGCUUAGUGAGCACUACUGAUUCCUUCCCUCACUCACACUAGACGACACAGGUUCUGUCUAACAACUCUCAUGGAUCCAUCUUUCUCCAUCCCGACUGCUGUCUGUGUUACUCCACUCCUGAGGCUUUCAGUGGUGACUUCAUCUUCCUGAAGCUGCAGACUCGUAUUCCUUACCUCCUUCCCUUUGCUCCCCUAGAUUUACUGGCCUUAAAGUUCACAAACUGCCUUCUUCCCAGUCAGGGCUUAGCUCAGACACCACCUCAGGGGAAGACUACCUGGAACCAAGUGCCAAUAUUUUGUCAGUUUUUUCACCUGGAGAACUGCUUCACACAGUUACCCUUUGGUUUUCUUUGUGAAAUUAUUAUGGGACAUUAUCUGUCUGUUUUAAAACUCUAGUUGUUCUCCCUUCCACCAGCAAUAGUAGCUGAAGCCAAGUUCUUUGCUGCUGCUUUUAUCUUUGCUAGCCCACACAGGGUUAGAAGGAAUGGGUGCUCUAGCAAAUGCUGAAGGAACACAACAGCUGAUUGACAGGUUUGCAGUCCUUACAUGGUCAGACAGAAGCUUCCCCUUCCCUAGCACAGUCCUCCCUUUGCUUUUUUCAGUGAACACGCUACCAUCCCUCAGCUACUCUGACAGACUUGACAGUCACCUUUGACAUCUCCUCCAGUAAUUCUCACAUUGUCAAGCACAUUCUCUGAAUUCCCAGCAAGGAGUUCUGAUUUUCUUUUUUUUUUUUUUGGGGGGGGGGUUCUUUUUUUUUGGAGCUGGGGACCGAACCCAGGGCCUUGCGAUUCCUAGGUAAGCGCUCUACCACUGAGCUAAAUCCCCAGCCCCGAGUUCUGAUUUUCUUGAAUCCUACUUGUGACUACCUCAACCUGUGUAGUCAGUUUUACAAACUACUGCUUCUCUAUGCCUGGGGUGUUUUACUGAAGUUACCAGUCAUAAACAGCAAUCUAUUGAUUAAGGUGACAUUUGUGGCAGUCAUGCAACCUCCACAGGCACAUUUUUGGGAUGCCUCUCCCCAGUGCCUGUCUACUAAACCUUUGCAUUAUUGUUUCCUUCGACUGGAAGGCCUUCACCAACUCCUGUAUUAAAUCGAGUCACUUUUAUGGGGCUAUCUGAUUCCCCUGUCAGGUAAGCGUGCGAGUGUGCGUGCGUGUGCCUGUCUGUGGCAGGGGAAUCUUCCUCUGAGAUGACACCAUAUUCAGCUUUUCUGGCAUAACCCCGAUGAUGUAUACUUGUUUAGCUGCUAUAGCACAACGAAGGCAAGAAUUUUGCAGCAAUUAACUGAAUAUUCACUCAAAAUAUUAUGGAAAGGAAUAACGAUUUAAAAAAAUUCAUAGGAGCUGGAGAGAUGGCUCAGAGGUUAAGAGCACUGAAUACUUUUCUGGAGGUCCUGAGUCAAUUCCCAGCAACCACAUGGUAGUUUACGACCAUCUGUAAUGAGAUCUGAUGCACUCUUCUAGUGUGUCUGAAGACAGCUACAGUUUACUCAUAAAAUAAACAAAUCUUAAAGACAUAUUAAAAACAAAACAAAUUCGUAAGAGCUGGAGGUAUUGGUGCACAGCUCUAAUCCCAGCACCUGGGAGGCAGAGGCAGGUGGAUCUCUGUGAUUUCAAGCCCAGCAGGUCUACAUAGUGAAUUCCAGGCCACCCAGAGCUUCAUACAGUGAGACCUGUCUCAAAAACAAAACAAACAAAAAACAAACCCCAAAACCCCAAUGACAAAAGCCCCUGAAAUAAAAUAUUAAAUCAAAAGAAAAAAGACGAACGAUGCUCUCCCCAUAUUGUUUACUUUGCUAUGUUUUAGUCACACUGACUACAAACUUUCACUAUAUAAGUAAGGCAAGUGUCUUUAUCUGAGGUCAGGCACACACACACAAAUCAAAUCAGUAAACAACUUGGACCUCAUUUAAGCCUUUCAUUCCUUGGUUAAAUUCUUGGUUGUGUCUCAGACAUUCUCAUUCCUAGAUACCUGAUGCCAAAAGUUCCACGGGUAGUGGAGUUCUCUGUUAAAUAUACCAAAGUGGAACUUUGAAAAUCACAUGUGAAGUAAAUUUAUAAGGCUUUUUCUUCACAAAUCACCAUCUCCCAAUGAAUUCUUGGUACAUUAAAAAUGAAAUACAACACCAGGCAUGGGGGUACACGCCUUUAAUCCCAACAAUAAAGAAGCAGAGGAAGGCAGAUUCUUUUGAGUUUGAGGGCUACCCUGGUCUACAAAGCGAGUUCCGGGACAGGCAGGGCUGUUAAAAGAAAAAAAAAAAAAUCUUGCCUCGAAAACAAAAAUCCUGACACUACAAACAGGAGAAAAGUGUCACUAUUACAUUAGAAAAAAAAAAAACAAAACCGCAGAAACAUCCUCGUCACACAGGACCAGUUAACACCAGAUGCAAGAGGACACAUCCUUUGUUCCUGCACUGGCCCCACAAACCAGCGAUUCCGGGUACCUUCUAAGACCACGAUGUCCCUGGUAGAUUUGGGGAAGAAGCUUUUGGAAGCGGCACGGGCAGGCCAAGAUGACGAAGUCCGUAUUUUGAUGGCAAAUGGAGCUCCUUUUACCACAGACUGGCUGGGAACUUCUCCACUUCAUCUGGCCGCACAGUAUGGGCAUUACUCUACCACAGAGGUGCUUCUCCGAGCCGGUGUAAGUAGAGAUGCCAGGACCAAAGUGGACCGGACACCACUGCACAUGGCAGCUUCUGAGGGCCAUGCCAGUAUAGUAGAGGUUUUGCUUAAGCAUGGUGCUGACGUCAAUGCAAAGGAUAUGUUAAAGAUGACAGCUCUGCAUUGGGCGACAGAACAUAAUCAUCAAGAGGUGGUGGAGCUUUUAAUCAAAUAUGGUGCUGAUGUACACACGCAGAGUAAAUUUUGUAAAACUGCAUUUGAUAUUUCAAUAGACAAUGGAAAUGAAGAUUUAGCAGAGAUAUUACAGAUUGCUAUGCAGAACCAAAUCAACACCAACCCGGAGAGCCCUGACACUGUGACAAUACAUGCUGCCACGCCGCAGUUCAUCAUUGGACCCGGAGGGGUGGUGAACCUUACAGAUGAAACAGGAGUAUCUGCUGUUCAGUUUGGAAACUCCUCUACGUCAGUAUUAGCUACAUUAGCUGCCUUAGCGGAAGCAUCUGCCCCAUUGUCCAAUUCUUCAGAGACUCCAGUAGUGGCCACAGAGGAAGUGGUUACCGCAGAAUCUGUGGAUGGUGCAAUUCAGCAAGUAGUUAGCUCAGGGGGUCAGCAAGUCAUCACGAUAGUCACAGAUGGAAUCCAGCUGGGAAACCUGCACUCCAUUCCAACCAGUGGGAUGGGUCAGCCCAUCAUUGUGACCAUGCCCGAUGGACAGCAAGUAUUGACAGUGCCAGCCACAGACAUUGCUGAAGAAACUGUCAUCAGUGAAGAGCCACCAGCUAAGAGACAGUGUAUGGAAAUAAUUGAGAACCGGGUGGAAUCUGCAGAGAUUGAAGAGAGAGAAGCGCUUCAGAAACAGCUGGAUGAAGCCAACCGAGAGGCCCAGAAGUACCGACAGCAGCUGCUUAAGAAGGAGCAGGAGGCAGAGGCCUACAGGCAGAAGCUGGAGGCCAUGACACGCCUCCAGACCAACAAAGAAGCCGUUUAGUCUCCGUGAACACCUGUUUGCUUUUACCUUUUGUCCAGAAAGAAUGCAGUCUUGAACUGUACACAGUAAGGACACAGCCUUGGGAGUACGAAAUGAUAAAGAGUACUACCGAUUGAUAAUGGGACUUAAGCCAUGAGCUCUCAGUUCUUGUAAUAUAAAACUUCAGAACUUGUGAAAUGUAUUUAAAACUGAAUUCUGUAAAUAGUUUUUUUGGUUGUUUCUUUUUUUACAGUUAUAAAUGAGUUGAUAAAGAUUGUUGCAGAGAUCCAAAAACCACAGUAUGCCACUGUUAUGGGGAAUUCUUUUUGAUUUGGGUACAGACUCAACUUCUCAGAAACAGAAGUUUUAAGCGUGAUCGUUGUCGAUUAGACCAAAUGUGUGACAAUUAUGGUGACUGAUGCUGGAAAGACUCUGCAGAGAGAUUUCUCCCAGGAACUUUGUACAGCUUUUAGGUUGUCUCAGGUUCUCUGAAGACAUUUUUUAGGGAGCAGAAAUUUUAUAUUUGUUCAAUUUCAGCUACACGCAAGUAUACAAGAUUUACAUGUAUAUGAAGCCAAUAUUUUUAAAAUUUUGUUUGUACAUAGUCUGCAUGUUUUAUGAUAUUAAAACACAUCACUUGCUUAGGUAUGUUUCCCACAAAGACGAUGAAAGUUACCAAGAAAAACAAAGGCACCGCUGUCAUUUUGUCGGUCAUUGAAAGUGAGUAAGCUCGCGACUGGUUUUACUGGCGACCAUGACGAUGUUCUUGGAGCAGCUUGCAAGAAAACUCAAUCUGCACUUGUAUUGCUUUUCUGGCAAUUGCAGUGUGAGGACGUGAGACUGCUCUGUGCCUUCCUUCCAUCAUGACUUCCACACAAGCACUUUGAGGCGCUGGAUCUUAAGAUAAUGUUUUUAGCAAACUCAGUGCAUUUGGGUUUCUGAAAUAUUUCAUGGACUUACUCCCCUCCCCCUAAGAAAUUAUUCUUAUGGAAAAUUGCUUUUGUAUGUAGAGCAGGACCUUUUGUACUCGGUGAUGCUAUGGGUAUGUAUAACAUAACUUUCGCUGUUCCCUGUGAACGCUCCGGGCUUGUGCUGCGACUCACAAUAUUGUCAGUUCCGAAAUGUAUGGACAUUUGACAGACUAUUCCACUCUCUUUUGUAAAAUGUAACUUUGAACUCUUUAUUAUUUUGUUUUGUUUUAUUGCUUUUUGGAAAUGUUUACCCCCACCCAACCCCCAGGCUCUUCUAGCUUCUCUGUAUAAAGAACCAGUUACCCUCGAGACUGUACUCUGGCCUCAUUUUCUAUUUUACAAUUAAAUAACUUUCCACAUA